AUGGCUCAAACCCUCACAAAGAAUCACCUUCGAUGGGAUCCCGCACUCGCUAUGAGCCCACUAAGGGUAUUGACAUUGCUGCUUGUUGCAGUACUGCUCGUCUCUCCAUAUUCGACGGCAACGAGAGUGUUUAACCCGCUUGAACACUCCGGCCCGGCUUCUCCUUAUUUCGAUGCACCUUCUCAAUCAAAUAUCAACACAGACCUACCGGAGGGAUGCACGGUAGAUCAAGCGGCCUAUAUCCUUCGUCAUGGCGCACGCUACCCUGAACCAGGGUCCUUCAACGGAUGGAAAGGCCUCUUUGCAAAGUUCCAAAAUGCUACAUACACAGCACGAGGACCACUAAGUUUUAUUCCGGCCUGGACUCUACCCGUUGAUGACGAACCACACCAACCUUUGUUUCUCUCCUCAACCGGUGCUGGAGAGGCGUUUCGGUUGGGUGUUGAAUUGCGGAAACGGUAUGGUUUGACUAAAGGGGGUAGUAAUUUUACUGUUUGGACGGCGGGUCAACAACGUUGUAUAGAUACCGCGGUAUAUUUCCUACGAGGGUACCUCUCUCAAGGCAAUUAUGUUUCCGAUCCGUCUCUUAACAGAGGGACCGUGAUCACACUCGUUGAUUCUUCUGUGAACACUACGUUCGCCGACUCCCUCACUCCUUCUGCUUCCUGCCCUGCGUACUCCGAGUUCACUCCCGCCGGAUCCGCCAAUUCCGACAAAUUUAGAGCUUCUGUUAGGGACAAGGUUGCGAAAAGGCUGAAUGGCUUCUUAGAGGGACUCAUGUUGAAUGCAUCGGAUAUCGGUGUGAUGCAAGACUUGUGCGGGUUUGGGUUUGAAGUGAGUGGUGACAAAAGGUUUUGUGAUAUCUUCCAAGAAGCAGAAUGGCUUGAUUACGAGUACGCCCAUGACUUGAAUUAUUAUUACGGAGCUGGUCCCGGAAAUCCGAUAUCAGCAACGACAGGUUAUCCGUGGGUCAAGGCCAUCUCCGACUUGUUCGCUGUAGGUCCCGGGGAGACUGUUGAGAACGGGACGCUUAUCCCGCCUCCCUUGAUCAUGACUUUUACUCAUGACAAUAACAUUCCACCUAUCAUCUCUGCUCUUGGACUGUGGAAUUCUACAACGGGGUCUAGCGAAAAAGAGGAAACGAUUUACCCACUUCCUAUUACUAAACGCGUCGAUGAUCCGAGACGUAUGUUUCGUUCGUCAUAUCUCGUAUCGUUCUUCGGCAACAUUGCCCUUGAACGGAUGAAAUGCGUCAUAGGCGGUCCUACCUUGGAGGAACAGAGGGAGAAAGGUGUUUCUCACCAAGCCAAUAUUUUCGGAGGUAGUGUUAACAAUGCUGGGAUGGGUAAAUCAAAGGUGUUCGUUCGUGUGCGAGCAAAUAAUGCGCCCAUACCCAUUCCUGGAUGCGUUUCGGGACCUGGUAUGACUUGCCCGUUGGAGGAGUUUUUGGACUAUGUUAAUCGACCGAGAAAGGUGGCAUCGGGUGACUUUGUUGACAUAUGUGGACUAAACGGUGUUCAAGGUGCUGUGAGUGAGAUGAAGUUUUUGACCACCACUGGCGAUGGGACGACCUUCGCGGGUAUUGUUUGA